AUGUCCUCAACCAACAGACCGGCCGUCGUCUUCGCCCAUGGCGCCUGGCACCAAGGCCUGCACUGGUCCAGCGUAGCCUCCAAACUCGAAGCAGCCGGCUACGAAGUGUCCACACCCACCAUGCCCUCCGUCUCAGGAACCGCCCUCGAAGACGCCCUCCACGCCGACAGCGCGGCCCUGAAAACCGCCCUCGAAACCCUCACUCACCAAAACAAAGACGUCGUCCUCGUCAUGCACUCCUACGGCGGCAAAUACGGCAGCGAAGCCGUCGCCGAAUUCCACCUCGAUCCCGCCAACACACAACAACCUGGCCAAGGCCGCAUCCUGCACCUCCUCUACGUCUCCGCCAUCAUCAUCCCCCAGGGAAAAAGCAACGCCGAAGACGCCAACACCUCCCACACCGUCUCCUUCGAAGACGGCCUCCUGCACCACCUCGAACCCCACCACCGGUUCUACGAACUCGUCCCGCCCGCCACCGCACGGCACUGCAUCUCCCACCUCCGUCCCCAGUCGGCCUCGGGCUUCACGACCAAGACGCUCCACCGCGGCUGGGCCGACCACGAUAUCCCCGUCACGUACCUCGCGUGCAAGCAGGACAAGGCGUUGGUGUAUGAUCCGGACCUGUUGAAGUUUGCGGGACGGAUACGGGAUGCGGGGGUUAGGGGCUUCGAGUUGGUGGAGAUGGAGGCGGAUCAUACGCCUUGGUUGAGUCGGGAGGAGGAGUUCAUGGGGGUGGUUUUGGGGGUGUUGAAGAAGGCUGAGGAGGAGGCGAGGCGGGGAACGGCGAAGAUUUGA